CUUCCAGUUAUUUCCAACGAUGUGAGUUGUAUGUACAUGUUCGAGCAACACGGCACGACACGUUUAACAGAGAAUUCUCGUAUGAUCUCGGUGUGUCGGCCAAAAAGCACUUGCUGCGAGUCUUCAUUCACGAAAAACAACACAAUUUUUAUAGAAUUUAUCUGGUGGACCGUACGUGCAAUCACGCUAAAUCAGGUGCUAUUGUUUUGCGGAGGGGAAAAGAAGAGGAAGCGGAAGCUGCGCUGAAAGAUCUGAGGAUUCGGUUGUACCUAACCUGAUUCCGUUUGUACUGAUCCUACAUGUGUAUUAACCUAUUCGACGCUACGCUUGGUCAGUUUCUCUCAAUAAGAAACGUAAGAGCGGCGGUUCUGAGGAAGGAUUAAUCUCCGGUACAAUGCAGUCCCGUAAAAUGGAUUUCGACAAAUAUUUUAAGGUCGAUAAGGACGGAGAGUACAAUUUGCACUUUUUUAACAAGGACAGACUCAGUGCUUUACAAAUUAAAGAGAUAUUUUCAGCUUAUGGGAAAGUUAUACAAGUAAACUUUUGCGGUAAAAACGGCGGACUUACAUUUAUCAAGUAUAAAACUUUAAGGGAGGCGAUAUGCUGUUUGAAAUCCUGCUUGCAGGACAAUAACAUAGAGAUGUUGCCAGAGAAAAGUAAAAUGGGCAAUUGUAAUGAAAGAAUGGACAACGGAGGUUCGAGUCAACAUCAGGUGGCGAGAGCGGAAGACUCGGUUCAACGAACAUUCAGGCAGUCGAGUAGCGAUGCAAUGAGAAGCAACAGGUCGGAUUCGUCGGAGUACAACAGAAAAUCUUCCUUCCCUUGGCAGCAGACUUCCACCGAGGUUCAUUCUUCGGAAGCCACGAUAGAUUGUGAAAAAUAUUAUAGACAAUCAAGAGACGGGACUUAUACUGUACAUUUUGUGAACAAGAACAAUCUCACUGACACAGAGAUAACCGAGAUGUUUUCAGCUUUUGGAAAUGUUUUAUCCAUACAUUCCGGCGGCGAUACGCAGAAACUGAAAUUUGUAAGGUAUCAAAUGUUAGAGGAAAUAGUGGAGUGUAUAAAAGGUAUACAUAGUAACGGCGUGAUAAACCUGCUGCAACAAAAGGAUAAAAGGACCAACACAAAGGUAGAUAAUCAAAGAGAUAUGAAUCAACCGCAGGCAGCAAGGGCAGAGAACUCUUCGCAAAGUGCAUCUGGUACAUUUGGUACUGACCAGCGGCUUAAUUCGAGCUCCGUUCAAAACGGGGAAAGGCCAAGUUACAACCCGAGAUUAUUGAUGAAUAAAAUGAAAGAUUUCGAUCACCAUUCAGAUACCGCCUCUCGCAGUUCACGGCAGGGCUCUAAAUUUAGCGAUGGAGAUGAAAGUAAACGUAAAAAUGCAAGGCAUUCGCCGAUGUCCGAUGAGAAUCACUCGCACUCAAGACAAAAUUCUAUGGAUAACGGAUACAAUCGAGCGAUGAGAGAUAAAGAGACUAAAUUCUCUCGCGCGAUCAAGUCCGAGACGGACGCUAAACCGGAUAGAGGUAUGCGAGUUAGGGCGCACAAUUACAAAGUACCGGCGUUAGUUUCCGAUACGGAAACAAUGUUGAGUGACUGCGACGCGAUGUCCGAUCGUUUCUGGUCAAACGGGACCAGAGAUGCCUCGUCCAAGGUCGUGCAUAUCCCGCUGCAAGAAGUAAUUGUCGCUAACAUUCACACAAGCUACGGCCUACACUACAUCUUACAUCUGUUCGAGCAGCACGGGCCAAUUUCAGGGACGCUUGUGAGGACUAUCGCUGAAAAGGACAUACGAUACUGUCACGUUUAUUUUAAGACUGUACAAGACGCAGCGGCUGUUGAGGAAGAAUUUGAUAAUUUUGAUUUAGCCGGAAAGAAUUUGAUUGUUUUACGAAAAUCACACUUAAUAAAUGCAACUAUCUGAAAGUAA